UAAAGUGUUCUUCAAAUAGACGUGGAUGGGAGGAGUUUGGUGCCUCGAGGGGGAAGGUGGACGCAAACACCUUCAGCAUCUUUUUCCACGGCGCACUGACGUGGAGCCGCAGCCUCAUGGCGAGGCGCGGGACGGGGGAGCUUCUCUCUAAUAUGGGAUUUCACGGCGCGGCCGUGGGAGGCACCGCGAACUCCAACGCACUCCUCUGACCCUGCCACACACCGACCAGGGGAGGGGAGGCUGAGCUCGAACCACCUCUGGAGGGGUUUCCACAUUUGUUUCGCCUUGAGUGCACUGGAACGCAAAGAUGCCAAUCCUGGAGAAAGAGACGGCGAGAGACCGAGUCAGCCAAGUGUUGCCAAAGGUCCCUGUGCCUCCGCUGAAACAAACCCUCGACACGUACUUGAGAUGUGUCCAGCACCUGGUGAAGGAGGAGCAGUUCAAGAAAACAAAGGCGACCGUGGAGAAGUUCGGGGCUCCUGGUGGAGUCGGAGAGGUUCUCCAGAAGAAGCUUUUGGAAAGGAGGGAUAAGACGAACAACUGGGUCUACGACUACUGGUUGGAGGACAUGUACCUGAACAACAGGUUGGCGCUACCAGUCAACUCCAGUCCUGUCAUGGUGUUUCCUAAGCAGACGUUCACAGAUCAUAAAGAUGCCCUCAGAUUCGCAGCUCGUCUCAUCGGAGGAGUGCUGGAGUAUAAGGGACUCAUUGACGAGCGAGCGCUGCCAGUGGAUUUCGCUCGAGGCCAGUUAGCCGGAACCCCUCUGUGCAUGGAGCAGUACUACCGCCUCUUCACCUCCUACCGCUACCCGGGGCUAAAGACGGACACGCUAAAGGUCCAGAUGAACGCAGCCUCCAAAGCGCCCGAGCACAUCGUUGUGGCCUGCAAGCACCAGUUUUUCGUGUUGGACAUCGUCGCUAACAGCAAGCAGCUCAACGAGAUGGAGAUCUUGUCCCAACUGGAGAAGAUCCUGAAAAUGUCAGAAAGCGCUGAAGAGAGACUCCCUCCUUUUGGCAUCCUGACAUCCGAUGGGAGAACCGAGUGGGCACAAGCCAGAGAUGUGCUAACAAAAGAUCAGACCAACAGGGACUCUCUGGCCCUGAUCGAGAGCUGUCUGUGUGUGGUGUGUCUGGACGAACCCAGCGGCCUGGUGCCCAGUGACACCAACAGGGCCCUGCUGAUGCUGCACGGUGGCGGCCGUGAGAAGAACGGGGCAAACCGCUGGUAUGACAAGUCAAUGCAGUUUGUCGUAGGAAUGGACGGGACGUGUGGAGUCGUGUGUGAGCAUUCGGCAUUUGAGGGAAUCGUCCUGGUGCAGUGCUCUGAAUACCUGAUGAAAUAUAAAACAGGGAGUCCCUCCAAGAUGGCGAGGGUUUCCAGCAUCAGAGAGCUCCGCCCACCGAGAAGACUGCUCUGGAAAUGCAACCCACACAUCCAGGGGCUCUUGGCAGCGGCCGGAGACCGACUCCAGAGGCUGGUGAAUAAUCUUGACAUGGAUGUUUUCACAUUCAAAGCCUAUGGGAAAGAAUUCAUCAAGAAGCAGAGGAUGAGUCCAGAUGCGUUCAUACAAGUUGCCCUACAACUUGCAUUUUACAAAUGCAGAGGAAGGCUCGUGUCCACGUAUGAGAGUGCGUCCAUCCGUCGUUUCCAAGAGGGUCGCGUGGAUAACAUUCGCUCUUCCACCCCCGAGGCCCUGGCCUUCGUGAAGUCCAUGACAGAUGAGAGGGUCGUCUUCACCGACUCAGAAAAAAUGAAACGAUUGAGGGAUGCAAUCAACGCCCAGACAAAUUAUACAAUUGCAGCUAUUACUGGAAUGGCAAUAGACAAUCAUCUCCUCGGGCUCAUGAGGAUCUCAAGGGAGCUCAACAUGGAGAAGCCAGAAAUCUUCUGUGAUGAGACAUAUCUGGCCAGCAACCAGUUCAUCCUCUCGACCAGUCAGGUUCCCACCACGGUGGAGAUGUUCUGUUGCUACGGCCCCGUGGUGCCCAAUGGCUACGGCGCCUGUUAUAACCCGCAGUCGGACCACAUCCUCUUCUGCGUGUCUAGUUUCUGGGAGAACACGGAGACGAGCUCGGCCGUUUUUGUCAAAGCCCUGAACGAGGGCCUGCUGGAAAUCAGGGACCUGUGCAAUAGAGGCAGCGCAGUAGCUACCAAACUGGCCGACAGCAGCCAGGGAGCCGGCCAGUCUCACAAAUCAGGGGAGUAAGACAUACCGAGAGAGCAUCUCCACUCUCAACACUCUUAGACUUUAGCUUUAGAGUAGUCGAGAUGCCUUCAUCUGUCUCUGUUGUCCGUGCAAUAGUGUUCCCCUUCACAACCAAUGCAACGCCUUAAAAGUUCACAUACUGUACAGUAUUUAAAUAUAUAUUAAAAAUAACUCUUUUGGGUCUUUGGACAUCAGAAUGCUUUUGGGUCCAACGCUGACCCUGCUUGACUCAGCAGACUGAGAUUAACUGGUCUGCUGCUUUUAGGAAACUGAAGCCAUGUCCGCUUUGUAGCACUGAUGUGAGGGGAAAUUCCUCCCGUCAGAGAAUUAAUAAACCCAGAGAUCUCAAUACAUACAGAGAGUGUGACCAAUUAAAGGAAAAACAUGGAAAAUGAGGAGAAACAGGGUGUUUCAUGUGCUAUGGCCUUGACUGUCACCAAACCAAAUGGACACACACGUAAUUCAUUCCGUACAGUAAUUGUGCAGUAUGACUUGUCCCCUAACAAUAACCCUUCCCUUUAGAAGCUCAUCAACCAUGCAUUGGUAAAUCAAAUAAUGCCCCACAAUGCUCUGAGGGGAAAAAUAGUCAUGGCGUACCUCCUGUCACCGAUAGAGGCACUAAUUUAGGAAACAGUCGAUUUGGUCGUAUUAGAGUGCAUGAUACACAUAUGACAAAGUUCGUCGUAUGAGUCAGAGGACUAGCUGAAUCAGAGAAUACCUUUUCACCCAAAAACUGGCAGAGAAAUGACGCAAGGGCAAAGUACCUGGACGGGCUGCUCUCCUCUACGGAGUUCAACCCUCCUGUAGAGUUUCAGUGACACGUGGAAUCAACGCCAAGGCUCAUUGAAGCUGCUCGGGUGGCCAAACACCUUGAUGAGACACUUUAUUGGUUUUUCCUUUAAUUUCUCACCCGUCUGUACGUCUCUCUCUCUCUCACACACACACACACACGUAUACCUGUAGAGUAGUAAUGUAAUAGACAUGACAGAAUUAUAUAAAAGGGUAUUUUAGUGACGUCUAACAAUCAUGACAUCCUGUAAAUGUGAUCCUGCCAACCUGUUUCACGUUGUGUGCCACUAUGUUCACAACAAACUGGAUCAAUGGUGCCAUUUUCAUUUUUUGAUGUGCUAAAGUUAUGCGAAUUGACUCUACUGAAACCUUUAAGUUGCCAAAGAGGUUGUGGAUAUGUGAUGAGGCACUUUAAGAUACUCAUACAAAGACAUGAAUGAAUAUGUGUGAACAUAGAAGACUGGUUAUAAAUAUAUGUAUGCGUGUGUAAAGUGAAAACAUAUGUGAUAUGGUAUCAGUGGCACAUUUGAAUUCAUCUAAUCGCUCUGUAUGUAUGUGUCCAGUAUAAUAGCAAUAGUUAACAAGUGCAAAGUGUAAUGACAAGAAGAAGAUGCAGUCCAGUGGUGACUCGAGGAGGCAAACCACUGUGUUCACGUGUACAUAAGUGCUUUUUUAUUUGCACUUUGCGGUAGAGUAAAGAUAGUGAUGUGUUGUCUUAUACUGUACAGUAGGUACCUUGUGCAAUAACACAGUAGCAAGUGCAGUGAGGAUAAAUGUGCAAUUUACCACAUCGAUUCAUUAGAUGCAUGGAGCCUAUGUAAAAUGAAAUUAAAUAUGGUGGCUAUUUUUGAUGUUAUAAAAACCUUGGAGUAACGUUACGAUGAAUAGUGGCAGUCGACCUCCUGCAUGUUGUAUUACUGUGACUCUGCAUGUUUACACUGUGAGUUUUUGUUCAGUCCGUGGUGGUUCGUGUUACAGAAGUAAUCAGUGAACCGUAGCGGUGAAAGUGUGAGGAUACGUGUUGUCCUGUGUGCAGAUGACACCUAAUGUGUGUUUGUUAUGUGUCUGUGUAUCAUCAGCCAAAGUGAAUGUGAACCAUGGAGAUGCAUGUUUAUUCUUACAUACUAAAUGUAUUUUUUUAUGUCCACAUGAAGAGUUUAAAAUUAUUAUAUAGUAAAAUAUUGUUAACAAUAAUGCCUUAAAACACAGUGAUGCAAACUGUUGACAGAUGUAAGAUUCUAUAAAUGUUUAAUGUUUUACCUCUGGUGUUAACUUGAUCUACUUGGUGUCUAAAUGAAUGUAAUAUUCGUCUGUUACUCAAUGGAUUUGUCCUUUGUCCUGUUCAUAAAAGGUGAAUAAUUAUAUAUGUGAGCUGUUAUAUCUGUUGUUCCACAGCACAGUAUAAAUGUGGGCUGAUAAAUUAAUGUUACGCUAAUCCAUGAUUAAUGUCCACAUUUUUGUGAAAUGCAAUUAAUGUGUAACACAUCACUUUAUUGAGUCACUGAAAAUCAUUCAAUGAAUGUUCAGUAAUAAAUUAUAUUUUUAGCCUAAAACAAUAUAUUGUUGAGGAAUCAUCUCUAUUUACUCAAAGGAGAAAAAAUAACUGUCAUUCUUUGACUUCAAAAUAAAAAAGGGAAUAAAUACUGAGAAACGUGCUGUUAUAUUUGUCUAGACUCUUAACAAUUUUUCAUUUUUUUGGGUCUUGUAAUGUCUUGUAAUGAUGCUGCAAUGUCCUGGACUUCAUCUGUUCUAUGUUCAUAGAAAACCGAAAUAAAGAAUUUAAAAAAAACAUUUUGCUGAUAGAAGAUAUUGCCAAUUUCAACAGCUGUGAACCUAAAACUGAUACCCAGUUCCAGAAAUAAAAACGAACUUCAAACUA